GGAUGUAAAAGGCUAACAAAGAACAGUGACACGAUACGAUAGCGUGAGGCGAGAAAGAAACAACGAAGAGAAAACGACCAGACAUCUCUCGGGGUAUCACGAGCGACCUUGUCUUUUUAUUCUCGCGGUUCGAUAGGUCAUCUAUGGGAAAAGUGACGUUUGACGGGCGCAAUACAUCCUCGUCUCUCCGCAGGUAUCACUUCCAAUCUUUCGUCGCGAUUUACGUGAUCGCAAUCAUGAUCGCGUGUAGGUGAGCGGCUUCGACCGGAGCGGCUGUCCCGUUAACGGACCUAGAAGGUCCGCGAAAGACCGAACGGGAGCCAAUCGCAUCGGCUCGUGCUCAGACAUAUCGGAACGGAUCCUCAUCUGACAAGAAUUGUCUUAUCGGGUAGUCAGUCAGUCAGCUGGGACGAAGAUCCUCUGGAUCUUCCACGCCGCUGCGUUCGAGCGGGAUUCUCUUCUCGUUCACCUCCGCCUUCUCUUCCUCCUCCUCCACCAUUAACUCCCGUUCCUCCACUUUGUUCCUCUCUCUCUCUCUCUCUCUCUUUUUCUCUUUCUGUCUUUCUCGUCGCGGUUUUUCCCCUUCCUCUUUUCCUCGCACGAUCUAUCCUUCUCAGUUUGCUCCUCGAACGUAGUAUUUCCUGGUGAUCCGUGAUGGGUACCACGAGACUCUCGCGCUGAUGCGCACGAAAACAUUGCCAGCCCCUUCAGAGUGAAGAUUUGAUGAAGGACCAAGUCAUGGGCCGCACAGGAUACACGUGCAUUAGGCACGUUUUCUGCUCCCUCAACGUUUUAAUCUGGUUAUGCGCUUGCGGAAUUUUGGGUGCGGGCCUUUGGCUGCGGUUAGCUUAUUCCGGAUACGCGACCUUGGUGCCGCAGUACAGCUUCGCAUCGGCGGACUCGUUGCUGCUUGGCGCGGGAUGCGUCACAUUUGUCAUCGCCUUCUUCGGAUGCUGUGGCGCGUGGUUUCAGUCUAGAUGCAUGCUGAUCACGUAUUUCAGUCUGGUGAUACUCAUGUUUCUCGCCGAGUUCAUGCUGGGAACUUUGGCGUUCGUGUUCAGGGAAUAUCUCGCGAGAAGCCUGAAAGAGGAAUUACUGCACGGUAUUGAAAAGCAUUAUAAUAUCACCAGGGAACCAGGCACUCUCUCCAGCAUGUGGGAUCACAUACAUACGGAGUUUCACUGCUGCGGCGUACGCGAUUACACGGAUUGGUUCCAAAUCGAGGCUUGGCCCGAGGAGGAUCGGGUGCCGGAUUCCUGUUGCAUGCAACGGGAACGCUACUGCGGUCGUCUAGAUCCGGAGGGUCGCAAUAAGGAGCUCUGGUACAAAGAAGGAUGCGCGACCGCCAUACAAAUGUGGCUAGUCACCAGACUCCACGUGGUGGGUACGGUGGGCCUCAUCGUCGCCUUUCUUCAGCUGUUCGGUCAGGUGGCCAGCAUGAUCCUCUUCUGCACGGUCAGGCACAAGAGGUCCUCUCACACGUACAAGAGUUACGAUACUACCAAUACCUAGAAUUUCCGAUCGAUCUUGGACGAGACCACUGUCUAAGAUCGAUACAAUACCUUCCUCGCGAGUGUCUGAUUCCCGUUCCACGCAGCGGGAACGAAUAUUUUCAGAAUCAUCGACAUUGGUCCUUUACUGACAACUUUUACGGAAGAUCCUGCCUUUCGAUCGCACCGAAUUCGUAGAUAUUUAUAAAAAUAAUAGACAACGACGUUAAAAGUUUGUUUAAGAAAACUCACGUCGGAGCAUAAAAUGAGAUUAAAUUAUAUUGAGGAUUAUUAAAAACAGUAUUCUAUAAAUGUAUUUUACAGAUGAGAUUUUAAGCAGAUGAAGACACGUUGAGGUUUUAGCUUGAGGUUUCAGACCAAAAAGUUUCCGCUGUGUACCAAAAAAUAUGAUAAGUAUUUAAUUGAUGAUUUUCCUUCCUUUAGUUUGAAUGCUGAUAAUGUUUCUUUGCAGUAUCCGGUGAUUAAUAUCGAGAUUUCUUGCUGUCAGAUUUUAUGUCGAUUGAUAAUUAUUUAUAAUUUUAAGCGUAAGCAACAAUAUCAUCUGUGGAUCCUUUUUAACUAAUUUAUAGAUAGUAGUAUAAAUAGUAUCUGACAGCAGAAAAUUAAUUUGUAUGUCAGAAUAAUUUAUAUAAUAAUGUAAGAGAGAGAGAGAGAGAGAGAGAGAGAGAGAGAGAGAGAGAAAAAGGGAGAGAAUCGAGAUUAUGAUUGAUCAUUAAAUUGAAUUUUUCCUAUGUAACAAAUCUAUCCUGCUUUAAUAGUAUUAAAGAUGACUCUAAUUGAUAUAUACUCAGUAAUCAUAUCAAUACUUCAUUCACGAGAAAUAAUCACAUUUUACUUUUCGAUAAGUAAUUGUAUGCCGCAUCGAUUUUCGAUGUCAAUAAUUGGGAACAGUUAGAUAAUAGAUAGAUAGUGCAUGAUUAUGUGAUUUAGUCUCUUGGGUAUUUAAUUCAGAUUAUAGAUUAUUAAAGUAAGUAUUUUCAAUGUCAUAAGUAUGAACUUAUGUUAUAUAUAUAUAUAUAAGGAGUUUUAUAUAUCUAAUAUAUAUUAAUUAAAGUAAAAACUCUCUUAUAUGUGUUAUAGCUGAUAUCGCCGAAGCAAACGAUUGAGUAUAUGAAAAUAUAUAUUCAUGAUUUAAAAUUUACUAAUAAUUUAAAGUAAUGUUGACGAUUAUACAGUAAAAAAACGAAAUGACAAGACGACAGUAAUGUAUUGCAAGUGUAUUAAAUAUAAAUUAUUAUUAGUAAUAAAUAAUAUAUUUAUAUGUUAA